GCACGCUUCGAGGGGCGGGACCUGUCCCCAUGACAACGGGACCGGGGCCGCCGGAGUGCCGCGGGGCUGUCGCGCUGCACCGUACCGUGGUGUACCGUACCGUACCGUACCGUACCAUACCGUGCCAAGCCGUGCACCGCGCCGCCGUGGGCCUCGCCGCCGUGCCGAGCCCCGCAGAUCCUUGGGAGGACGCCCGGGGGACACCCUCUUCAUCUCCGCGCGCAGGAGACACCUUGCCCUUAAGAAGCAGCGGCUCCUCUCCCGCCGCAGGGGGACCGAAAGAUGAAGUGGCUACCUGUCCUGCCCCAGCAGUGUAUUUUGCUGAUGACAUGUCUCCUAAUGGUCUUGGAAGCUGUACCUAUAGAUAUAGAUAAGACAAAAGUCAAAGGAGAAGGCCAUGUAGAAGGAGAGAAGGUAGAAAAUCCAGAUACAGGACUUUAUUAUGAUGAAUAUCUCAAGCAAGUAAUAGAUGUCUUGGAAACAGAUAAGCAUUUUAGGGAGAAACUCCAGACUGCUGACAUAGAGGAAAUAAAGAGUGGAAAACUAAGCAGGGAGCUUGAUUUAGUGAGCCAUCAUGUGAGAACACGGCUGGAUGAACUAAAACGACAAGAAGUAGCAAGAUUAAGGAUGUUAAUUAAAGCUAAAAUGGAUUCUGUUCAAGACACUGGCUUAGACCAUCAGGCUCUCCUUAAACAGUUUGAGCACCUGAACCAUCAGAAUCCUGACACGUUCGAACCUAAAGACUUAGAUAUGUUGAUCAAAGCAGCCACAAGUGACCUGGAAAACUAUGAUAAGACUCGCCAUGAGGAGUUUAAGAAAUAUGAGAUGAUGAAAGAACAUGAGAGGAGAGAGUAUUUAAAAACACUGGAUGAAGAAAAGAGGCAGCGAGAAGAAUCCAAAUUUGAGGAGAUGAAGAAAAAACAUGGAGAUCACCCUAAAGUUCACCAUCCCGGAAGCAAAGAUCAACUGAAAGAGGUGUGGGAAGAAGCAGAUGGACUAGAUCCUAAUGAAUUUGACCCCAAAACAUUUUUCAAAUUACACGAUGUCAAUAAUGAUGGUUUCCUGGAUGAGCAAGAAUUAGAAGCCCUGUUUACUAAAGAGCUAGAAAAAGUAUAUGAUCCCAAAAAUGAAGAGGAUGACAUGGUUGAAAUGGAAGAAGAAAGGCUGAGAAUGAGAGAACACGUAAUGAACGAGGUCGACAUUAACAAGGACCGGCUUGUGACUUUGGAAGAGUUCCUGCGAGCUACAGAGAAAAAAGAAUUUUUGGAGCCAGAUAGCUGGGAGACACUAGAUCAACAGCAGCUCUUCACUGAGGAUGAGCUGAAGGAAUUUGAAAGUCAUAUUUCUCAGCAAGAAGAUGAACUUAGAAAGAAGGCAGAAGACCUUGAGAAGCAGAAGGAAGAGCUACAGAGGCAGCAGGACCAGCUUCAGGCUCAGAAACAAGAGCUUCAGCAGGUCGUAAAACAGAUGGAACAAAAGAAACUACAGCAAGGAAAUCCUCCUGCAGGACCAGCUGGAGAACUGAAAUUCCAACCCCCCGGUGAACACAAAGUUGGGGAUGCACCAAAACACCCUGCGGGAGGUGAUCAGCCUUUACCACCAGUACACGUCCAAGAACCAGCUGCUAGAACUGAUCAAGUUCAGCCUUAACCACUUGUGCCUCAACUUUGUAGCAUCUUUAUUACUGGGGGGAGGGAAGGGUGGGCAGUGGGUGGGCAGGAAAUCAGAGCGAAACAUGAACUCUUCACUUUUUCCUCAGAUUGUCAAACCAUUAGGAAUGUUAGAGAUGAAGUAUGAAACCACAUUUGAAUAAUAAAUUAAACUAAUUUUCUCUCCAAUGCAUCAGUGAGCAACACGGCAAGGGAAUCAUUCAGAGGUUAUAAUGGAGGAGGGAAUUGAGGAAAACUAUUAGGACUAAAGGUUUUUGUGGGCAGGGGACUGAGCUGAACUCUUCCCUUACAAAGAAGGGAGGAGAUGUCUGCUAUUCUCUGCUUAGGUACAAAUUGGAAUCUGCUCAGAGAGGAAGCAGGAAACUGGCCUGAAUGUCAAGUUAGGUGUAGUUUUAUGUGGAAACUCUUUCCAGACAUGCUGAGAAGCAAAAUAUGGAGAAACAAAGACCAUAGUUAAAGGCCUACCAUUUCCAGCACUUCCAAACCUAUUCUUCUUUGAGACCAAAUUAAAAAAACCAAUCACACUUACCAUUAAUCACAGAAAAUUUGCACUUUCUAAAAUCUAAACACAACAAAGAAUUAUGUGGAACAGUGAAUAUUUUUCAUGUUUACAGAAGCCUAAGAAUUUCACUGUAAGCCUUCAAAAAAUGUUGUAUUUCUGGUGUACUGAUCUGAACCGUCCUCCUUGUUGAGAUUAAUUAUGUGUAGCAGUUGAAUACUCAGCUGGCUCUCGGGACAGUACUUUUGUCCCUGUUUCUUUCAUCAGUUGCCAGCUGAUCUCAAAAUUUUGCAUGUUAUUAAGUAAGCUUUUUAUGUUGAUAGAAAUAUUGUGCAAAACAGAACAAGACUUUGUCUUUUUCUGUACAGAUUAUCCUACCUCCUAUGAUAAUACCAGAUUUUUCAAGAUGCAUCAUGCGCUUCAGAAGGCUCUUCUCAGACAUGAAUCUUUGACUUGUUAAGAGUCUUAAUAUGAACUCUUAGUUUUUCAGCAGUUGGUCUAAGUUUGUGAAGGGCCUUAAAACAGGAGUGCUACUUGAUUGUAUUAUUUUGGUAACCAACCAGGGUAGGUCCCUAAUGUUGUAAGCCAAGAUUUUACAAGAAUAAGUUCAUUUUCCUGUGGGUUUUACUAUAAUGUUGCAAAGUUGUGCGAUUGUCCUUGCUUGUCAUUCAUUUCAGACUGGAAGUAUCCUAAUCUGUAAACCCUGUUUGAGGCUUUUUUUAAACACGGAUUGUUCUGACUGUAUAAUGCUGGCUUUGAACUGAUACUGAUACACAUACACCGUGGCAAGUAUCUUUUGUCUUUCCUUCCUGUUCUCUGGCUAACUGCUGAGUGUCAUUAAAAGAAAUCAUAUGAGUUUUGAGCAAAGAAACAGAGGCAACCCUCAGUUAUAAAAAUAUAUUCCUUUCAGAAUAAGAUUUGAAAAUCUUAGUCAACUCAAGUAAGACAGAAGGCAAUAACUCAUGUUUUGUAUUGACAUUUGGUAAGUUUCUCUGAAGAACUGUGAUAGAAGCUAGGUGUGUUCCCUCCAUGUUUAAGGUUCCUUUAAGCAGGACCGAGCACAUUCUUUUUUUCCCACACAAUAUCAUAGAAUUCCCUGCCAGAACAGAUUAGGUUUUCCUGUCUGUUUCAUCUUGUUAGUUGUCAUGUCACAUUUCCUUCACUUAUGCUACUCAAACAACUGGACUUUUACCUUUUUUUUUUGUUUUGUUCUCUGCACAAGUGGUUAACAUUUUGUUUCCAAAAUCAGUGUCCCCACAGUUUGUCAUUUCCAUGCUUCUAACAUCAGUUUGAGUGUGUCUUUGGCAGGAGACUGUUUGCCAAGAGUCCCAGACAUCCAGACUAACAGAGUUUCUCACUGGACAGCCCUGGCUUCGAAGUUGCAGCCUGAUAAUGGGUAACAGAGCAAAGAGGGAAACAAAGGGGGAAUUAUUCAAACAUUGUGGAAAAGAUGGGGGAAAUUUUUCGUGUGUGUUCACCGCAUCCCACAUUAAAGUUUGCCGAGGACAAAUGAUGCAGCCACAGAUGUUUGUACAGAAUCAAGGACUGAAACCUCUGAUGUAAAGGCAUUUCUACCAUACAAAUCAUUCCUUCAGGCUACAUCUGCCUCCUAACAACUGUCAUAUUUAAUGGGAUGCUUUUUAAUGUAAUGCUCAAGCUUUGGUUUCAGGGCAACCUCUUACAUUUUGAUUGUAAGAUCCUGACUGUCCCUGCUGUCAGAGAUGGGUAUUGUAUCUCUCUUAUCCCAUUUACCUGGAAACACCAAGAGUUCUGUGAAGAACUGUUGUAACCUGGGUGCUGAACUCAGCUUCUGCACGCCCCCGUGUAGCGAGUGUCAGUGCGGACUCUGAGGAAGCCACUUGUGAGAAAUAAGAGUUUUCCCUUGCUGUGAGUUAGCAUUAGCAAAAGUUUCUCAUUUUGCAUUUCAACCAGCCACUGGGGUGUAUUCAGUAUAAAAUGACGUACACCUUCAAUUACUAUAUGAUAGCUAAAUGUUGUUCUUGUCAGUGUUAAUUAAAUUAGUAGGCUUGCAGUUCAGCAAUAUUCUACAGACUUUCUGUUCAUGUUUUAGAAGAGGAAACAGGCAGUUUUUUAAGCCUCAGAAUUGGUGUUUUGGUUUAUCUUUAACAGUAAUCAAGGCUCAGUCAAACUGCCAGUUAUUUGCCCUAAAUUGUGUGGAAGUCAGAGCCACAGUCCUCAAUAAUGCUUAAGUUACUGAGCUCCUACUGAGCACAUCUUAAGUUUGUUGCCUAAAUGUUUUUUGCGAUGAAAGACCAAAUUACAACUUCAUGCUCAUCCACCCAGUUCAAAAGUCUCAUGUGCAUGGGUACCUGUAUCACAUGUCCACAAAGACAGCAAGGACUUGGUGGAUGUUCUUCCAGAAGAUGAUCUGCCAGCUCUGGUCUAUUGACAGACAGUGUUCACCCAAUACUGUCCAUCUCAUCCUUCUCAAAGGCCCAGGCUAAAAGAGGUCUCCAUCUGAGCGUAAUAAAGCCACUAAGCUAUUUUUGCGGAUCAAUUCUGAAGUGUGGUUUAAGUAAGAGUGAGGAAGCUUUGAAGAACAUCUGCCUUAGAGGUUAUGCAAUGUGCUGAAGUAACACAUAUGAAAUGUUUCACAGAUUUGUUGCUUUUCAGUGUGUUUUGUUGUUUUCAGUGAUGAUGUCUUUUAAUUGGGUUCUCUCUUCCAUAAAAGCAACUAAAAGUAUUAGCUGCUAAAAGCAUGUUUCUACCAUGGUACUGAUUUCUCAGAAGCUUUUUAAAGUUGAAAAAAAAAAACCCAAACAAACUAAGUGUACAAUUAAGUGAGGAAGUAGAAGGCUAUAAUCACAGAUAAAUAAGGGAUUGGAUAUCAUGGGCUCCUGUGCUUUCACCUGUACUCUGCUUUUCAUUUAGGACGUGAUUACAAGAAAACUGAAUGUAAUUUCAUACAGACACCAGUUCCAAGACAAAGAUGCAGAGAUUUGGUUUUGUACUUGGCUGGGAUUUUGGUAGGAGGAUGAAGGAAUAAUAUUUGGUCAACGUUGUACAAAUCCAUAUCCUCCAGUGCAAUACAUGUAGGGAAAAAAAAAGCCCCGCUCUGUACUUUGUAUAGAUUAGUUUUUAACUGGAUUAAACUGAAACUCAGCGCA